AUGGUGCACUGGGGCACGGUGUUCGUGACGGUGACGAUGUCGAGCUUCCUGCUCGGGCGGCGAGAACUGCCCAAGAUCGGACGCUUUGUGGGAGUGUACAGCGGACGCAGUGUAGGUGCUAUCCUCCGAGCCAAGAAGGAGUUCUUUGACGCCACCAAGGACAACGACAUCGUCAAGUUACAGCGCGAGUUCCAGCGUGGCAUUGAGGAGCUCAACGAGAUCCGCUCGGAGCUCACGAGCGUCGGAAGCAUGCGCCGUCCUCUGCAGCCCACGAGCGAUGCAGUGCCACGUACCGCUCCGCGUGGUACAGCGAACCACUUGGCAGCGGCUGCACCAGGAGCUUCGGAACCAGCGGUGCAAACUUCCACAUCGCCGGCAGGAGGACGCUCAAGUGUCUCCCUGGCGUCUGCAAAUGAAUACGAAAUGCAAGACGGAGUACGGCGCAGUGCCGAAGCGAGUCUGGCUAUGGCUGAGUUGAAGCUGGCGGAGCAGAACAAAUUUGCUCCCAGAGUCGAGAGUCAGGAAGGAGGAGCGGACUAUGUGUCCGCUAGCAUCAUGGACAGCUUGCUGCUGGACGAGCAGAGGGAGAAGACUAACAAAAACUGAAAUACUGAUGUGAAAAUGUGAGCUACAACCUUUUUUUUAGUUGAAGGUCUAUCCUUCAUUUCAGCAACCCGCUGCAAGCAGACAUUUGCCUACCCAGCGCUCCGUGUAGUAAGAGUUGACUUGGCGUCCAGCAUCUCGCCACUUCGUCCAUUCCGAUCGCUCGUCAGCUGUGAGCUCUGGUAGCAAGUCUUUCUUCAUGUCGUGGUCCUUAUCAACAUCGUGCAGCAUCAUCGAAUCCGUCACUUUAUCAUACCGCAGACGCAAAUGACCUCGUACAACUGACAUCUUCCGGCUGGGGUUGUUACUGUACACG